GUUUUUGAUUUAUUUGUUCAAACGUAACAAGCCUUUUCUAUUCUUUUUAUAAAUAUUUGCAGGCAAGGACCGAAAGCGAGUAAGUCCAUUAAUAAGAAUAAUAUGUUUCCUGUCUCAAUAGCUGAAUUCAAAAAGUACACAUAUUAUAAAGAAGUGCUACUUCAAAUUUUGAAAGAAAAAGCCAAAGGCGAUGAAGAACUUUUUGCAAAAUUACGGAGAAAUAAAUUGGUUUGGAAGAAAGCGCUGCGAUUGUAUUACACGAAUUUCUUUUUUAAACCAUCGAUACGUAAAAAAUACACUUUACGUUUGAAAGAAAUGCCGCAAAGUUUGAAGGCAAAAUUUUUAGAAAUACCUGCAAAAUCAACAACAGUGAAGGAAAAAAAAAAAUGUGAUAAAAACCAUUUAAAAAGUGAUAGAGAAUCAAAUUACACCUAUUUCGAUAGCUAUAAGCCAUUAUCUGAUGAAUUUUUAUUAAUGUACAUAUCAAAAAAAGUGUCUGAUGUUAAUAAGCAUCCAGAAAUUUUAAAACGUAUAAAGGAAAAUAAACAACCACAUAAAAGACAGUCGGGAAUAGAAAUAAUAUCAAUAGAAACGAUUGUGCCACCAAAUAUUGAAAAUGAAAUAACAUUGGAUGAACAAUCGCCAGUCAUACCUGAAGAAAACAUGGAAAUAUUCAAUAAGUUGUUCGAUCCAAUUCCUUUGAAAUGUACUUUAUCCUAUGUACUUCGUUUUUCUUUUGGUCCAAAACAAUCUGUUCUGCGCACAUUGAUGCAUAUAUCGUUCGAAGAUUUCUGCAAGUUCACAAAUAUUUAUCAAUUGUCUAAUAUUUAUAAUGAUAAACUAAAACUAUUCAAAAUUUAUGAAUCCACGAUUAAAAAAGACAUAUGGCCGUUUAAUUUAUAUAUGCGCAUAAGUGAUAUUUUCCUUUAUUUACUGUUAAAUGAUGUAAAGCUUGAUUUAAGUGAUUUACAACAUAUAUCACCAAAGUUUUUACAUUGGAAUGAUCUUGCAGUGAAUACUGAUUUUAAUGAAAUUGUAAAAGAAGAUUAUUUUAAUAUGAAUGGAGAGCGCAUUGAUGGUGAUGAACAGCUACAAAUUUCUCGUGAAAGUUUUUAUACUCGUUGCUGGAAUGAGGACGAUUGGAUAUGGCGAAUACCCAAAAUAACUAAUAAUUCGAUCCAAGAGAAAAUUAAUGUUACUAAAGCAUUAUCUGAUGAAGAUGCAGAACAGUUGACUGUUGAGAAAAAAAAUGUAAAGGACUCAUAUAUAUCACUGGAAAAGUAUCUAAAUGAAAAUUCGGAAUGUCAUAAUCACACAGAACUGGUUGAAACGUCUUCCAGUAUCACAAAUCGUUCCUUAAAAAUUGCAGUUCAAAGUACCAAUAACGAUGGAGCAUGUAGUGUUGAUGUUUUGCUUUCAUCACAGACUCAACCUCAGGAAGACCCAGUCUGUAUGUCAUACAAAGCAAAUACAUCAAAUCCUAAUAACACAGAAGAACCAUCCGAAUCAAAUAAUUCUAUAAUUAUAAGUGAUGAAAAUGAUCAGGGGGACUGUCAUUUAUUUGAAGAAACUGCGAUUGAUUCAGUAGAAACCGGUGGUGAUCAAUUGUUAUCAGAACGCAUACCUUCUGAAAAUAUUAAUAAUACAGAAAUCAUAAAAGAUAUUAAAGAAGAACCAGAUCUUAGUUUAGACUUAAAUGAUGACAGUGUUCAGAUAAUCGAGGACGCUUCGAUUAGUUUAAUAGUAAUUGAUUCUGAUGAAUCGUCAUCUGAGUUACAGCCUUCUGAGCCUUCUGAUUGUAUUACACCGCAACAGACUGGUAUAUCAUCCCAAAUAAUUAAAAAUGAAAUAGAAGCAAUUUGCGAAGUGCCUAAAACUGAUAGUGACUUAAAUGAAACUUUAAUUAUGACAGGAGAGAAUAAUAAUCUUAAAAUGGUAAUUAUACCUCACGAAGCUAUUUCAAAUUUAUUGGCAAAUUCUGAAAGUGAUAUUUUUGACUUACCGAAAUCUUCAACUGACAAUGCAAACCAAAUAACUGAAACUGAAAUAAUACGAAAGCGGAAACAAAAUACUUAUUUCAGUAGUAGAAACAAAAAGUUAAAAACGAAUAAAAUUACUGAUAUUGUUCCGCAGCUUACUCAUGAAUUUCGCGCUCUGCCAAUGCAAAUUAUUACAAAAAGUACAGAAAGCGAAAACAUUGAACCAUCAGUAAGUGGGACCUCAAAUCCAUCACAAAGCAAAUCAGUGUCCGAAGCAUUAUGUGUAGAUGCUACAGUUUUUAACGACACACAAUUACUAAGAGCAGUUGAUCAACAACACUACAAUCUUGUUCCAACCCAGAUGUCGGAUAAAAUGAAUAAAAACGUGGCUAUAAAUAGCAAUGCAGAUAUUGCAUCACAUAUGAGUAGUAAAAACGCGACAGCGCUACCUAGUGUUUCAAGUUCUAACACUAACCAAAGCAAUAAAAAUAAGAGUAAGGUAAAUGAGCCUGAAUUACAACACACCUUAUAUUACUUUGAAUUGUGUCAAUUUCAUUUCAUCCUGAACUCAACUGCAAGACAUAUUGCCAAAUAUAAAUUACGUAGCUAUGAUGUAGGUCAAAACAUUGUAGAAGCUAUAAUAUGUCGGGAGUUUAGAACAAAAUUAUACGGCGACGUUUUAAAUGGUAUUUUCUCACAUACUGAACCAAAUAUUUUACAAGAUGUACGUAAAGUAUUGCAUGAUCUUAAAGAGUACCAUUUUCUUAUCAACGAUUACGAGUCAAUUAAUAAUAAGGACCUCCGCGCUAGAAUACUAUUUUACUUUAUGUACUCAAAGCUCUCUUUCUGUUACUGUCGGUUAGUUUAUGAGACACAAUCACACGAAAAUGCACUGUGUAUUUCAAUGCAAGCAUAUGAAAGCGCUAGGACUCAAUCAGCAGAUUCUAGAAACUAUUGUCUUUUAGAAGCCAUCAAACCCUCUAUACAAGAAAAAUUAAAAAAGCUAAAACAAGAAUCCUUUCAAAUAGAAUCUCGAAACUAGUUCAAAAGAAUGAAAGUACUUUAUUGUGCAAACAAAUAAAAAAUUUGUGAAAGAUUUUUGAGGAACCAUUGGUGUUGUCCCAAAACGGAAACAUGUAGUACAAUAAAGGUCGUUUAUAUUACCUGCUCUACACUAUCAGUGUUCAACCAAUCUAGCUAUUAAUAAUAAAUUAGAACAAAUUUAUAUGAAGCUUAUAAACUAAAAAUAACAAUAUUUGUGACAUAUUUUAGAGCAUGUGAGAAAUGAAAAUGCUGUUUUAAAUCAUAUUGGUGACAUAUAUACCUAGUACCUACAAUUUUUAAAGAAUUUGUAUUAUUUGAAAUAUGAUAAUUUCUAUUAAAAAAUAUGAUUUCCUUAAGUAUGUGUUAUAAAUUUAAGAUUUUUUUAU